AAUUAACAACAAUUGGCAUCAUAUACUCACCCACCACCAUUGUCUCUUCGCCUUCUUCUUCUUCUUCGUCUUCUUCGUUUCGUCUCACUGUUGGUAUUCUUCGCUUCCGCUUCUGGCUCUUGGGAAGCCCUGGAUGAGUCCCAAUAAGACUCUCAUGAAGGGGCUAGUAGCACUGCUUUUGCUUCUGGCAUUGACUGAUGCUGUUGAACUUCUGGGGGGACCAAAUGAUGGGGAAUGUGAACUGGAUAGGCCAUUGGAACCCAGACCUCACAGCGUGUCCAUCUCGGAAUUUGGGGCAGUUGGGGAUGGGAAGACAUUGAAUACAGUUGCCUUCCAGAAUGCUAUUUUCUACCUUAAAUCCUUCGCAGACAAGGGUGGUGCUCAGCUCUAUGUCCCACCAGGCAAGUGGCUUACUGGAAGCUUCAAUCUUACGAGCCACCUUACACUCUUCCUGGAAAAAGGCGCUGUGGUUCUUGGCUGGCAGGACUACUCUCAUUGGGAGAUAGUUGAACCUUUACCAUCUUAUGGUCGUGGGAUUGAAGUGCCAGGUCGAAGAUAUCGUAGCUUGAUUAGUGGACAUAAUUUAACUGAUGUGGUCAUAACAGGUAAUAAUGGAACUAUUGAUGGCCAGGGUUCCGUGUGGUGGGACCUGUUCAAUUCCCAUUCCUUAAACUAUAGCCGUCCUCAUCUUGUUGAACUUAUCAGCUCUAGUGAUAUUGUUAUAUCAAACACAACCUUCUUAAAUUCCCCCGCCUGGAAUAUUCAUCCAGUAUACUGCAGCAACGUGUUGGUUCAAAACAUAACUGUCCAUUCUCCGCCAGAAUCUCCUUACACCAGUGGCAUAGUUCCAGAUUCUUCCGAGCAUGUAUGUGUUGAGAAUAGCAACAUUAGCACGGGCUAUGAUGCCCUUGUGCUCAAGAGUGGAUGGGAUGAGUACGGAAUUUCCUAUGGCGCGCCAACCAGAUAUAUCCACAUCAGGGAUGUUUUCCUUCAGUCUUUUUCAGGAUCUGGUGUGGCUUUGGGUAGUGAAAUGUCUGGUGGCAUCUCUGACAUACUUGCUGAACGCCUUCAUAUACGUGAUUCAUUGAUUGGCAUGGAAGCCAAAACAGCAAGAGGCAGGGGUGGUUACAUAAAAGACAUUCUUAUAUCAGACGUGGAAAUGCUAAAUAUUCAUGUUGCUAUUGAGGCUACAGGUCAGUGUGAAUCUCACCCAGAUGACAAGUUUGAUCCUUCUGCCCUUCCAACUGUCAGGCGCAUUACAUUUAGGGACAUAGUUGGCACAAACAUCACUACUGCAGGGAAGUUCCUGGGAAUCUCUGAAUCUCCCUUCACAUAUAUUUGCCUAUCUAAUGUUUCCCUCUCCACUGCCUUUGACCCUUCCACUCCAUGGAUAUGCUCCAGUGUGUCGGGUUUCUCUGAAGCUGUGUCUCCUGAACCGUGUGCUGAUCUCCAAAGCUUAAAUUCAGAAUAUUCUUCAUCUUGCUACGGUCUCCUGCAUCCGAGGAGCGAAGUAGCAAUUCUAUAAUAUCAACACCGUGAACUGCAUUUACCCGUCGAUGACAAGAGUAUAAAAUGCGUCUUCUGGUUCCACUUUGAAUUCAAGUGGGCGAUCAUUCAUGUGCAAGGAAAUUCGGGAUCUACCAUCUGUCUUCUUUUGAACAUUCUCAGGUGCUGCAAAUGAAGCUUUCCACCAUGAUGUCUCAGGGUGGUCAGUUGCUCCUGUACAUCCUCCUUUUCUUCAUUCAUGUGCAAGGAAAUUUUGGGUAGUGUGGUAUAGAUACUUGUGAUUUUGACAUUUUUUGUUUUACUUAUUAUUAUUAUAUUUAAUUUUUUUUUUUUUUUUUUAUGUUUUACAGUUUAAAUUUUAACUUUUUGUAUUCGUCAUUUAUGUUGCAAUGUAAAUUUGUGUACUGGGGAUUGUCACCAGGAUUGAUUGGUGGAUGGUGAGAGCAGAAGGGUGUUCUGGAGAGUGAUAAUCUUGGAAUAAAAAUUUCUUUUGCAUUCUA